CCCACUUCCUCUAUUAUCACAAACUUUAUUAUUAGUACAGUUUUAAUAUGGAUUGGUUACGUUUGCUGUUUUGUGCGGUUUUUCUUACAUUGUGCGAAGCCGGUAACGAAACUGGGAGUACUUUUACUUAUGAAAUGCUGGCGAAAUGCAAAGAGCACAUAUGCAAACACGGCUACAAGUACGAAACAUUCUACAAAAUCGACGCCGAAGACCGUGAACAUGUGAUAUCUGACGCGAGCGUAGCGCUGGAGAUGCACAUAGCCAUCCUGGCGGCUAAUAAUGGGCAUAUUCUACUUUCUACUAAAGCUAAUCCUACUGUGACGGAUCCGGUAUAUGAAAUAGUUGUCGGUGGAGGAGGCAACAAGUUUACGGAGCUGCGAAGAAACUUGAGACGCAACGGAAAAAUCUCGAAGCCGACCGUCGGUAUACUCUCUGCCAUAGAAUUUAGACCAUUCUUCAUCAGAAUCACUACAGAUGGCGCUGUACAAUUUGGCAAAGAAGGUGAUAAGCCUCUCUUGGACUAUUACGACAACAACCCCCUUGCCAUUCGCUACUUCAGCUUCGCUGCUUGGAACGGGGUUGAAGCUAAAUUCUGCUAUGACUGCCCACCAAAGGGGACUAACAGUUCAACUACAAAUUCCGAAGCCGUGGACCCCCUAAUGUCAAACGCAGACAAACUCAAGGCUGCACUUCUUCAAGACCGCGCCCCGCACCUCCCGCCUGCGUCCCCCGUCACAAUAAGGCUUGGCUUUAAGAUUACCAGCCUUAAGUACAGCCCGUUCACUUCCAAAAUGUUUACCGGAGUGGCUAUAGUGGCGAGUUGGGUGGAUGACAGCAUGGCGUGGAAUCCAGAUAAGUUCAACAAUAUCACUAAGUUGACCUUCAGCGACGGACAAAUAUGGCGCCCUACGUUUUUCCUUUUCAAUUCGGAAGACCAAGGAUCCGUAGACAUUGACAAUCCUGGUCCCAUCACAAUGGUGAACAGCGGCGAAGCAACCUACUACUUCCAAACUCAUCUCACCAGUUGGUGCUUUAAUUACGCCAGAACAACUAAUAACUGGCCUCACAACGACUAUCAUUGCUCCAUAGUUAUCGCUCCGUGGGAGCCACAUGAGAAGAUUACCCUCGAGCAAAUCAGUCAUUCGGAUGAGAAGAUGGCUAUUUUUGCAGAAAGCAGCAAAGUCAUCCCCAACGAAUGGAGCAUCGAAUGGAAGCAAGGAGUGGUAGAACCGUCCGCAUGGCACACCAUCUUCACGGCAAAUGACAAUGACACCAAUCAGAGUGACCGGUUUCUGGUCAACAUCGCUUUGAGAAGAAGGGCUACGGCGUUCAAUGUUGUGUUCUAUACACCCUUAAUAGUUCUCGUCUUGUUCGUGCUCAUGUCCUUCUGGAGUGAACCACUGCAGAUGUCCCGCGUGUGGUUCUACGCUGGUUCUACAGUUGUCAUAUGUGUGGGACUGUGCUACGUCGACUACUUGGUGCCAAUACAUACCGUGCCUACUAUACUGGUCCUGUACGUGACUGUAUUGGGUGGUGUUUUGCUAGCGCUAAUGCUGCAGGUUCUUCUGAUGACCUCAACAGCAGACAAACUCUGCCAGACUCACUCAGUGCAAUGGCUGCUCCGUUCCAAGAUGUUUAGGAUAUUGUUCUUCUUGCCUCCUGCUAAGAGCGCUGACAACUACGACAGAAUAAACGAGGCAUACUCCGGCGAAGAAGACGAGGUGACGCCCCCCAGAAACGGAAACAUUCCAGAAAUGGAGACGGAGACGCCAACGCCGACCGAAAGAGACGAGGUCGCUGCGGCGUUGGACUGGUUUCUGUUUCUCGUCUACUCUCUAGUUAUAGCUGUUAUGUUGGCUAUGCAUUUUUAAACGUUUAGAUGAGCAUGACCUUCAAAUUUUAUAGUGUUUUUUUGAUGACCUAAUUAGUAAUUACAAGCUUUUAUUUACUUUCACCUGACCAUUGUCUGUUUGUAAUCAAAUCUUGCAAAUUAAAUUUGAUCCACUUCCCGAUUUCCGAUUAAGCUGAAAAUUUGCAUACAUAUGUAAGUCGGGUGACAAUGUAAUAUUAUUGUACCAUCGAGCUGAUCUGAUGAUGGAGACAAGAGGUGGACAUAGGAACUCUGUGAUAAAACAACGCAACCUAAUUGUGUUUGGGGUUUUUAGAAUUUGCUCGAUGAGUAUUAGUUGCCUGUGGAAAGAAAAGUACAGUCAGCGAUAAAAGCUUGUACCAAAAAUGACAUUUUUGCCAAAAACUUAUUACUAACUGCCGCAAUAAAGAUGGGUCCUCCUCAUAUUUUCA